AUGUCACGGCGGUUCACUCCAUACAUGGUCGCAGUUUUAACAGGCGUCGCCUCGGGUGUUUACAUAUUCAAACCUCUUUUCGAAGAAGUUGCUGCGAACCGAAAGCCAGUUCCUCCGAUGAACACAUCAAUAGCAUCACCCGGUGUGCCAGGGAAAUCCCCUGCAUCUUCGCCGUCACCGCAUUCUUCGGCAAAGUGA